UACUCUUUGGGAUCAGUCGGUCGAUGGCUCUACCAAUCGGUGGCCGGUAUUGACACCGACAACGAAGAGGUGGGAUUCAAACGGAUUAUAAUCGCACCGAAACCGGCCGCCGGUCUCACGUCAGUCAAAGCCCACUACCCGUCCAUUAAUGGUCUGAUAGGCAGUGCGUGGGAAACAAAUGGCGUUAAUAUUACUUUAACCGUCGAUAUACCGGUCAAUACAAAAGCGGUGAUUGAUUUAUCUUUUUUGAAAAGCCCUGCCGUCCAUAAUGUGGGCUCCGCAUUUCUUAUACAAUGUCUGGUAUUGACGAGAGCUUUGGCUGACUCUGAUAUACAGGCCGUAGAUCUGAAGGUUGAAUAUCUGAUCAAUCCAUUGGCAGUUGAUAUAACUCAACCCCGACUUCAAUGGACACUACAGGCGCUGAAUGAAGCAAAGAAGGAUUUGUCGCAAAAGGCUUAUCAAAUACUUGUGGCCACAGAUCAGCAAAAUCUGGAUAAAAACAUCGGGAAUCUGUGGGACAGUAAGAAAGUAGUGAGCGAUCGGACCAAUCAAAUCAAAUAUGGCGGCACUCCGUUGAAGGCCGGGAUGAGAGCCUAUUGGAAAGUGAAUGUAUGGGAUCAGAAUGACCGCGUGCUCGACAAACAUCCGGGUCAUAUCGGUUUCUGGGAUAAAGGCUUAGAUGCGAGUGAUUGGACGGCGCAAUGGAUCGGUGCUCCCAAAGGCACACAACAACAGGCACUCAAAAAUCUGGCAGAUAUUGAUGCAAAUUUGAUUAAAUCAAAGCCCGGUUUAAUGCCGGUGCUAUACCUCCGCAAAAGUUUUGCAACAAAUUCAAAAGUAAAAUCGGCUAAACUGUACGCCACAGCACAGGGCGUGUAUAAGUUGGCCAUUAAUGGGCGCGAUAUUAAUAAAUCAGUUCUGGACCCGGGAUGGACUGACUAUAAUAAAACAAUCCAAUAUCAGGGCUAUGACGUGACCGAUCAGUUGGCGGCCAAAAAUACCAUAAGCGUAUUGUUGGGCACGGGUUGGUUCGGUAGUUAUGUUGGUUUCGCCCAUCAGUACAACAUUUUUGGUUGGGAUCAAAAUCUAUUGGUUGAGUUGCGGAUUGAAUACGAAGACAAGACUACAGCUGUUAUCAAGUCUGACAACACGUGGAAAGUAAACACCGGUUCCUACAUAUACUCAGACCUAUUGAUGGGUGAAUUGUAUUACGAGAGUCGAGAGCCGCAAAACUGGAGGGACUCAGCGUUUGAUGACAGCCACUGGCCAUCAGUGGUCACUAAACCCAUAGACAAAAACGUGGCUCUCGUGGCCGAUAGGGCUGAACCGGUUCGGGUGACUCAAACCCUGGAGCCUAAGAACAAACGCCAGGUUAAACCUGGUGUUUGGAUAUUUGACUUUGAACAGAAUAUGGUCGGUUGGGUUCAACUCCAAUUGCCCAAAGCCUAUGAGGCCAGUCGUGUGCAGUUAAGACACGCCGAAGUACUCAACCCCGACGGCACUAUUUAUGUGCUGAAUCUGCGCUCGGCUUUGGCCACCGAUACCUAUGUUUUAAACAAGGCUACCCGUCCAACAGAGCUAUCACUUGAGCCUCACUUCACAACCCAUGGCUUCAGAUAUGUUGAGAUCAGCGGAUAUCCGGGAGAACCGCCGCUAACAGCCAUUAAGGGUAUUGUCAUGCACUCAGACACGGCUUUUAAAUCACACUUUGAAACCUCAAACAAAAUGGUCAAUAAAUUGCAUUCAAACAUUAAUUGGGGUCAAAGAGGAAACUUUCUGUCCGUCCCGACAGACUGUCCGCAACGGGACGAGAGGCUGGGCUGGACGGGAGACGCAGAGAUUUUUGCCCAUACGGCCACUUAUAACGCCGAUGUGUCCGCCUUUUACACCAAAUGGAUGCGUGACUUACGGGACGGACAGUCAAAAGAUGGCGGCUUUCCUGACGUAGCGCCCCGUGUGGUCGAUGGGGCCGACGGGUCUCCCGCUUGGGGUGAUGUCGGUGUUAUAGUGCCGUAUACUGUGUGGCGACAGUACGGAGAUCUGGAGAUCAUUAAAGAAAAUUACGAGUCAAUGAAACGGUGGAUGACUUACAUCGAGAGCCAGAACCCGAACUUCUUGUGGACGAAGAGAGUGAACAACAAUUUUGGUGAUUGGCUUCAAGUGAAUGCCGACACACCGAAGGAGAUCCUGUCCACCGCUUACUACGGAUACGACGCCCUAUUGCUGUCCAAAAUGGCUAAAGCCUUGGAUUUCACUCAAGACGCAAAACGUUAUGGAGAUCUCCACCAAAAUAUAGUCAACGCUUUUGUAAAGGCUUUUGUCAAUACAACUGACGGUCGUAUGAAAGGCGACACUCAAACUGAUUAUGUGAUCGCAAUUGCAUUUGAAAUGUUGCCCAAAAAUCUGCAACCGUUGGCCGCACAACAUUUGGUGGACAAUAUUAAGGCACAUGACUAUCAUUUGACUACUGGUUUCGUAGGUGUGGGUCAUCUGUGUCCGACACUCAGCCAAUUCGGACACUCGGAUGUUGCGUAUCGUCUACUACUGCAGGACACGUACCCCUCGUGGGGCUAUAGUAUUAAAUAUAACGCCACCACUAUAUGGGAGCGAUGGGACGGUUGGACCAAAGAGAAGGGCUUUCAAGACCCGGGAAUGAACUCUUUUAAUCAUUACUCUCUGGGAUCAGUUGGUCGAUGGCUUUACCAAUCAGUGGCCGGUAUUGACACCGACAACGAAAAGGUUGGCUUUAAACUGAUUAGAAUCGCACCGAAACCGGCCGCCGGUCUCACGUCAGUGAAAGCCCACUACCCGUCCAUUAAUGGUCUGAUAGGCAGUGCGUGGGAAACAAAUGGCAUUAAUAUUACUUUAACGGUUGAUAUACCGGUCAAUACAAAAGCGGUGAUUGAUUUAACUUUCUUGAAAAGCGCUGCCGUUGAAAAUGUGGGCUCCGGUCGACAUCACUCGACGGUAGACUUAGUCGCCUUCCGAGACCUUAGUCCCGAAUACCGUCCGACGAUUCGUCAAGAGUUCACUCCCGACCCUCGGAACUCUAUAUCUUUGGCCGACUCUGAUAUACAGGCCGUAGAUCUAAAAGUUGAAUAUCUGGUCAAUCCAUUGGCAGUCGAUAUAACUCAACCCCGACUUCAAUGGACACUACAGGCGCUGAAUGAAACAAAGAAGGAUUUGUCGCAAAAGGCUUAUCAAAUACUUGUGUCCACUGAUCGGCAAAGUCUGGACAAAAACAUCGGUAAUCUGUGGGACAGUAAGAAAGUAGUGAGCGAUCGGACCAACCAUAUUAAAUAUGGCGGCACUCCAUUGAAGGCCGGGAUGAGAGCCUAUUGGAAAGUGAAUGUAUGGGAUCAGAAUGACCGCGUGCUCGACAAACAUCCGGGUCAUAUCGGUUUCUGGGAUAAAGGCUUGGAUGCGAGUGAUUGGACGGCUCAAUGGAUCGGCGCUCCCAAAGGUACACAACAACAGGCACUCAAAAAUCUCGCAGAUAUUGACGCAAAGUUAAUUAAAUCAAAGCCCGGUUUAGUGCCGGUGCUAUACCUCCGCAAAAGUUUCGCAACAAAGUCAAAAGUAAAAUCGGCUAAACUGUACGCCACAGCACAGGGCGUGUAUAAGUUGUCUAUUAAUGGCCGAGAUAUAAACAAAUCAGUUCUGGACCCGGGAUGGACUGACUAUCACAAGACUAUCCAAUACCAGGCCUAUGACGUGACCGACCAGUUGACGGCCACAAAUACUAUAAGCGUAUUAUUGGGCACGGGUUGGUACAGCAGUUACGUUAGUUUCUUCGGUCAGUACAACCUCUUCGGUACGGAUCAGAAUCUAUUGGUUGAGUUGCGUAUUGAAUACGAAGACAAGACUACGGCUGUUGUCAAGUCGGACAACACGUGGAAAGUAAACACCGGUUCCUACAUAUACUCAGACCUAUUGAUGGGUGAAUUGUAUUACGAGAGUCGAGAGCCGCAGAACUGGAGGGACUCGACGUACGACGACAGCCACUGGCCAUCAGUGGUCACUAAACCCAUAGACAAGAACGUGGCUUUCGUGGCCGAUAGAGCCGAACCGGUUCGGGCGAUACAAGUACUCGAGCCUAAGACCAAACACGAGAGUCAAGCGGGAGUUUGGGUAUUUGAUUUUGGCCAGAAUAUGGUCGGUUGGGUUCAAAUUCAAAUGCCUAAAGCAUAUGACGCGAGUCGUGUGCAGUUAAGACACGCCGAGGCCCUCAACCCUAACGGAACUAUUUAUGUACUGAAUCUGCGCUCGGCUUUGGCCACCGAUACCUAUGUCUUGAAUAAGGGUAACGGUUCGUCAGAGUUAUUAUUUGAGCCUCAUUUUACAACCCAUGGCUUUCGAUACGUUGAGGUCACGGGAUAUCCGGGAGAACCACCGCUAUCUGCCAUUAAGGGUAUUGUUAUCCAUUCAGACACAGCAUUCAAAUCACACUUUGAAACCUCAAACAAAAUGGUCAAUCAGUUGUACUCAAACAUCAAUUGGGGUCAAAGGGGAAACUUCCUGUCCGUCCCGACAGACUGUCCGCAACGGGACGAGAGGCUGGGCUGGACGGGAGAUGCGGAGAUCUUCGCUCAUACGGCCACUUAUAACGCCGAUGUGUCCGCCUUUUACACCAAAUGGAUGCGUGACUUAAGGGAUAGUCAGUCCAAAGAGGGCGGCUUUCCAGAGGUGGCGCCCCGUUUGAGUCCCGAUGGGACAGAUGGGGCCCCGGCCUGGGGUGAUGUCGGCGUUAUAGUUCCGUAUACUGUGUGGCGACAAUAUGGAGAUCUUCAGGCCGUCGAAGACAGUUAUGAGUCAAUGAAACUGUGGAUGACUUACAUCGAGAGCCAGAAUCCAAACUUCUUGUGGAUAAAGAGAGUGAACAACAAUUUUGGUGAUUGGCUUCAAGUAAAUGCCGACACACCGAAGGAUGUGUUGUCCACCGCUUACUACGGAUACGACGCCCUAUUGCUGUCCAAAAUGGCCAAAGCCUUGGGUCGGACUCAAGACGUGAAACGUUAUGGAGAUCUCCACCAGAAUAUUGCAAAUGCUUUUGUAAAAGCUUUUGUCAAUACAACUGACGGUCGUAUGAAAGGCGACACUCAAACUGAUUAUGUGAUCGCAAUUGCAUUUGAAAUGUUACCCAAAAAUCUGCAGCAAUUGGCAGCAAAUCAUUUGGUGGACAAUAUUAAAGCACAUGAUUAUCAUCUGACCACCGGUUUUGUAGGUGUGGGCCAUUUGUGCCCGACUCUGAGCCAAUUCGGUCACUCGGAUGUGGCGUAUCGUCUACUACUGCAGGACACGUACCCCUCGUGGGGCUAUAGUAUUAAAUAUAACGCCACCACUAUAUGGGAGCGAUGGGACGGUUGGACCAAAGAGAAG